CUGACAUAAGAAAUGAAGAUGGCUCCCUUUCUGCGAGUGCUCGUUGUGCUGGCAUGUCUACAAUUUGUAUCGGCGAUACGUCAAUUCUACAUGGACCAACGUUGUAGCGAGACCCUGAAUAUGACACAGCUUCAGGUGGAGUCGGCCAAACUGAAGUUGACAAGAUGGCAUAAAUACAGGAACAAUAUGGCAUGUUACCUGACCAUUGAAGCCCCUUAUAACAAAUUGCUUAUGAUCACAUUCCGGGACAUUGACAUUAAGAGUGGGGUGUUUGGUCGCUGUGAUGGAGACAGACUCCAGAUCUUUGAUGGAAGGGACUCAUCAGCUAAUAUGGUUGGUGGUCUGACCUACAAGUUGUGUGGUGAGCGGCGUCCAAAGGGAGCGUUCUACACGACACAGAGGUACCUGACAUUCCUGUUCCAGAGUGACUCGUUCUUCACUGAUGAUGGAUUCAGUCUUAUCUUCACCUCCUUCCAUACAGGAAGCUGCUUAUCGUCAGAGACAGCUUGUAAGAGGGGCCAGUGUAUAUCCAAGUCUUUGGAGUGUGAUGGGUAUAACCAAUGUGGAGAUUCAGCUGACGAAUGUAUGGUCAAAGGCGGACCCAUUGCUGGAAUCAUUGUGGCUGUCUGUAUUGCCAUUGCAGUCAUCGUUGUGAUAAUUGUGUGCUGGCGUCGCCGCAGGGCUUCCCGUGGUUCUGUUAUCAGAUACAACUCACCAGCUGAACAGGCGACUGUGAUACCACCCCCAUGCUCCUACCCUCCUCAGCCGGCCCCCGUCCCUGCUCCGCAAGCCUACCCACAGGCACCCUAUCAGCAGCCAGCACCACAAGGCUACCAACAACCGCCACCCCAGGGCUACCCACAGCCGCCACCUCAGGGCUACGCACAGCCUCCCCCACAAGGCUAUCCACCAGCUCCCCAGCCCUAUCCCAUGGGACCACAAGCUUACCCACCACCACAGCAGGGCUAUCCACAGCCUCCCAGCUACAAUGAUGCCACACAGAACCCAUACCCAUAUGGAGCUCCGGGGCAGACACCCUAUCCCCCGGAACCAAAAUAAAGGAUAGAUGGUAAUGGGGACAUUGGCAUAGAAACCAAGACAAGAUCACUGAUGUAUUACUUUGCCAUGAAAAAACAUAAAACAGAAUUUGUGUGGCAGCAAAAUUGCUGGAAUCGAGAGCAUCAGGUAGUUGUGAAAUUUGUAUAAGAAUACCCAGAGCAAUACUAUUCAUGUGACAAAUGUUACCGAAAAUUCUCUCAGAAACUCAACUCAUGUUACUCAGUUAAGUCCUAUAAUAUUUCUUUACUUACAGUGAAUUGGACAUUUUCAGGGUUUACAAUAACAUUUUAAGCCAUUUCAGGCAUGCAAUAUUUAAGUCCCAGCCCUUGUUCCAAAUACCUUAAUCUAUAAAACAUUUCAUAAAAUGGAGCAAAAAUCCCCUUCCUGAAGUUUCCAGGGCAGUUUACAGAUAAACACUCCUAACAUAAAAAUCAUUCUUCUAAAUAACGUUUGUCAGAACAUUAAAAUGUUGUUAGAAGAUGUAAUGUUUAAUGUCCAGUUCAUUGUUAGGACUAGACAAAUGUAUUCAUUCCCUUGAUAACAUACAUACCAUAAAUCAUCUUCGCAAACGUUCCUUAGCUUCAGAUGUGCCCUGAACUUAAGCAAUGAUUUCCCAAUGGGGAAAGUUAAUUAGAAAAACAAUGUUAAGGUGAUUUUUUUUAUAUCAAAGCCAGGUAAGUAAACCAUACCCAUGAAAUCUGGUACAAAUUAUGUCCAACAAAACCAUAAAUUGUGCAUAAGCACAACAUCUUAAAUUACCAAUGUAAAGUGAAUAAGAUAUUUUGUACUCUGUUUUGUUACAAAAAAUGAAUAAUUUCUAGAAUAUAUGUUAUUCUGAUGAUGUUAAUAAUUUAUGAUUUUUUUCUGUCAUCUGUUAACUGUUGUGAAGAUAAGAACUUCUAAAUAUACUGAUUAAUAAAUCAUUGGUGUCGAGGGGGUUAGGGUGUAUCUUAAUUCCAGGGUGAUGACUGACCUUAAAUACAUUAAGAGACAGACAGUAAUGUAUAGAAGCUGCCAAUGUGUGAAUCAAUUCAAAAUAAAAUAUAUAUCACCUGUCUUUCUCUGUAAAGUCACUUUCUAUGUUUAUUGUGGCAAAUUACGCACUGGAUAUGUAUAUAACGGCAAUUGCCCUUCAGUAAAGAUCUCGCUCAGUAAUUGGACAAUGAUAAAACAGUUAUGACACCACUACAGUGAUAUGUUGUCUGUAUGAGGCCAAGAGCUUUUUUUAUUGAAAACAUCUUUUUUUGUUGUAGUCCUUUUAUACAAGUUUUUGAAUCUUUAGAAUAGUUUUGUAGUUGAGAACAAAACUGUUUAGUAUUGUAAUAGGGUUCCCCUGUAUUAUUUCUACAGAGCAUAGCAUUUAAAAUAAAUGGCAAUUUGCAAUAUUCUUAAAUUUUAAUUAUUGUUAUUAGUAAGAAUUAAUUAAAGAUGCCGUAGAAUGUCCUUUAUUAACUGAUAUGCAUAUUUUGUCUCUUCAUACUGUUAAACACCUUUUCGUAAAAAGGAAUUUUUGUGAAAGUCCUUCAAAUUUAUGUAUAACCGCAUUUUUUCAAAGAGAUCUAUUUAUAACUGUGCAACUGUAAUCUAUCUAUAUAUAAAUACAGGUUUUCAAAAAGAUCUAUUUCAAUGUAACUGUAAUCUAUUUAUAACCACAUGUUUCCAAAGAGAUCUAUUUAUAACUGUUUAACUGUUAUCUAUUUAUAACCAUGCUGUCAACUGUUUUAUUACUGAACAUGUGGUAUUGUUGUUUAGCUAAUAGGAAACUACCAGAAUUCAAUAACAAUAAUAAAACCAUGAAAAUGAAGUCAAUAUUUCUCAUGUAAAAAUAAUAAUAUGUUAUUUUUCUCAGUAAACAGACCCAUCUGAGAGUUAGUUUUUACUACAAAAAUAUAGGGUAAGUUCCUCCCGUAACUCCGCCAAUUUAGCUUGUCUGGACAAGCUCUGUGGCAUUUUUCUUGGUAUUUUUACAUGAGCUAAGUUUAAAACUUUGUUACUUUCCUAUUGGUUCUACCCAUUUAUCAUUUUUGAAUAAUUUUGUUGUCUCAGGCUUCAUUGACACCUGUGUACAGUACCUAGUCCUGUGUUUAUGUGUAAGAGUUUUGUUAUCAUAUAAACAUUGAUUGUAUAAGGUUGUCACUUUUGAGACAUUUCCAUGAAUUCGUUUUUAUCUUAAUUUCGAGUUCAAUCUCGGGUCAUAAAUGUGAUAAUUAUCAAUAGUAAUGGAUAAAAUGGUAAAAGGAACAUGUCUUAGUUAACUAUUUCUACCACAGCCACUGUGGGUCUAACAAAGCAAUAUAUAUAUAUAAUGAUAAAGUCUACCUCCAAGCUCUAGGAAUCCAUGCAACAACAAAAUCAAAACCUUUAUCUCAUCAGUGUGUGUCUAGACUAGAGUUAAGAUUAGGGUAAAUAAGACUAGGGUUAAGAUUAGAGUUAAGACUAGGCUCUUGGCCUUUGGUGACAGGAAAUCAGUCCUUGGAGCUCUUGGUUACAGGGAUUCAGUACUAGGAGCUCUUGGUGACAGGGAUUCAGUACUAGGAGCUCUUGGUUACAGGGAUUCAGUACUAGGAGCUCUUGUUGACAGGAAAUCAGUCCUCGGAGCUCUUGGUUACAGGGAUUCAGUACUAGGAGCUCUUGUUGACAGGAAAUCAGUCCUCGGAGCUCUUGGUUACAGGGAUUCAGUCCUCGGAGCUCUUGUUGACAGGAAAUCAGUCCUCGGAGCUCUUGGUUACAGGGAUUCAGUACUAGGAGCUCUUGUUGACAGGAAAUCAGUCCUUGGAGCUCUUGGUUACAGGGAUUCAGUCCUCGGAGCUCUUGUCUUUUUUUGUAGAGAAAAUACUAUAGAUUGAAUAGGAAGAUAAUUUUUCAAUGCCUUUAGACAGCUGAAAAGUGGUGGGACUUUCUGUCUUACCCCCAGUAAUAAACUUAGCACAACUGAUUGUCCAAAUCUACAGUUCAAUUUCAAGGUAUUUAUAUUAUGUACUUAGUAAAGAGUUAUGUACUUAUCAAUAAAAUGUUGUAUUCAGCACCAUUUACAUGCAUUAACCAUUUUGCACAUUCGAUAGAACAUAAUUUGUUGUAAACAUGCUUGACAAAAUUUUAGCAUUCUCUUUUUUAUAUAAUUGCUGUUUUGUGCUUUCAUUUGUAUAUUAGAUGUGACAACAACUUUGAAAUUUAUUACUUGAUAAGAUGAUCUUAGAUCAAACUUAGAUUGUGAGAGCGAUUUGGAUAAACUCCUUAAACCUUGCAAAUUAUUAUCAUAAGCCUGUUAAAAGGUACGUUGAUAUAACUAUACUCUGUUGUGAGGUAUGAUUAUAGGUAUUUGCAGUAUGAAUCAUUCACACACUGUAGUUAAUUUUCCUGAAGUUAUACCAAAAGCUAUUUAAUUAGUUGAAAAGGUGUAUAUAGAAAAAUGAAAAUUGUAGAUAUAUGUAUUAUUGCAUAAUACAUGUACAUAUGUAUAAAUAAGUAGUGUUUUACCACUAAUGAGCCCAUGCUUGGACAUAUGUCCACCCUCUUACUUUCACAAUUUCACAAUAACAGUAACUAUAUAGAUAAAGAAAUACAGGAAAAGUGAACAGUUUUCUGAUCAAGCUAAUUAAGUUGAAGGUACGGAACAUGAAAUUUGUAAUCGAUCAAUGAGAUGUGACCAAACACACACUCACAAAAAAAAUCAAAAAAAAUCAUCGUUUGAAUGAAAUGUCAAGGAGAGUUCCAUGAGGUUAUGCAAAGCGCGGCUUUAGUGACAUCAUUAAAAAUGUUGUGAAUGUUUUCAAAUUUAAGAAGUAAAUGGGUUGAUUCAUAUUUCCUUUUGGUUUAUGAAAAUCAAUUGUUCAUCUGAACAUAUAACGGGCACAAGAGUUCCUAGUGUGUGAUGAUUUGUCGGUCAUGUGUUAUAUCCUGUUUAAAUGUUUUUAUGUAAUGUAGGUAAUAAAGCAACCCCUCUCAACAAUGACCACAUUUUACUGGUCACUAUACAGAGGUUUCACUGUGUAAACACAGACAAGAUUAAUGCUGUCGUGGUGUUCAAAUUGUUUAUUAUUUAGAUUUAUGGUUUAUAUUUUGAUGAAUGAUAUUAAUGAGUGAACUAAAUAAAAUGUAGGGGCUUUAAAAUGAAAAUUUUUGAAAAUGGCAUAAUCUGAUGACUUACAAGAUUUGAAAUUUAUGCAAUUUUUGUGUAAUUUUUUUAAGCAUUUCCUGCUUAUAUAGUUUAUACCAAAGUUAUUAAUUUGUUAAAAUCCAUAUAUUUCGAUGGUAUGGGUAGCUUAUUAUCUCCCUUGCACUGUUUCAAUUUGUUUUAAUAAGAAUUGUAAUGAUAUCUUCUAUAAAAAAUAGAUGUUUUUUGCCUUUCAUGGAAUAUUGAACCUCUGUUUUACAGUUUUGAGUGUUUAAAUAGAGGUUGAUCAAACUACUGUUUCCAUGAUAUAAUAUACCUUUUGUUUUACUACAGCUGUUUAUAUUCGUGUUUACCAUAUAUAUAUACAACAUUUUUAAUCUGUGGCGUGAAUAUAGAGUAACUGUCCACUUAUAGGCCUUAUAUGUAUAUUGUAUUUGUUAGAAGACAAUAGAUAUAUUUAACUGUGAACUAUAUGUCUGACCUGUAUUGUCUUCAGUUGAUAUAGUGUAAAUUCCUAUCAUGAUCAAGUUCUUUUAGUUUCAAUUUCAGUAAUUAGUUCCCGAGUCUUUAGUUCUGGAGAAAAUUUACAUGAUAAAAGUUUUGUUGAUCAAUUAAACAGAAAGUGUUUUCUGAAAUUAAAGUAACCAAGAAAGCUAGUUUUAAAAGAACAGAGAUGAGAAUAACUCGGGCUCAGCAUUUAUGUAUUUGUAUAUACCAUUUUCUCAGAAAUAAUAAGGGUACAAUUUUUCUUUUAUCUACCAUUCUGACCAAUUUGAAUGUAAAUGUGUUGAUUCAUUACAUUAGAAAGCAUAAUUUUUGUGAUUUUGUUUCAUUCUGUUGCCAUAGAUUUAAAUGUAUUCUUAAUUCAUUUUUAGCUUUAACACAAUAUUGAUUGUUUUGCCUGUUUUAUAGUAACAGUAAGACACAGCAGUAAUCUACUCCAUUUACAAUCAACAGAAAACAAAAGAAAUAACCUUCCACACUUCCUGAUUUAUAUCAACCUUUUUUAUGAAAGAAAAACCGAAAAAAGAGGUUGUAAGAUUGUAAGAUUUCUAUUCUGUAUAAGAGUUUACAAUCUUAAUGGAGUAUCCUGUGUAAUUUGAGUUUUAAUUUUUAAAUAGUAUUGGAUUCCAAUUUCUAAAAAUCAAUGCUUCUUAAAUCAUGUUUAAUCAAUCUUCUAUUGUCUAAACUUGUUGAUUAUGUAUGCUAUUGUUUGUUAGCAGCAGAUAAAAUCAUUUAAAACAGACUGUAAAUUAAAAGUGUUUAUUUAACAAAAAUAUAUGUAUUGUAUAAAAUCU